GAUUCAGCUACUGGGUAAUAUCCUGGAAGUGCAUACAGAAGUGAACUAUCCAGUAUGCAGGGGGCAGUUUUUCUCCUGGUUCUCCUGGAUGCCAUGUCAGGGAGAGAAGCACUACGCCUAAUCCAUUUGCCUGCUACAAGCAACGUGGCUGAGAAUUCUCCACCUGAGACUUCAGUGCACAAGUUUUCCGUGAAUUUAUCAGCUUCGCUGGCACCUGUGACCCCGGGGUUUCCCCUGAUCAUCAACUCAAGCCCCCUCACUGAUGCCUUCAAAGUGAACUGGCUGUCACGCACCGACUUUGAGGUUGUCACCAGUGGGAAGGAACAACUAGACUUUGAAAUGGAACCAAACAUAUUUGAGUUGCAGAUUUAUGUUAAGGAUGAUGUUGGUGUCACUGACCUACAGAUCCUGACCGUCCAGGUAACAGAUGUGAACGAGCCGCCUGAGUUUCAAGGCAACUUGGCAAAAGAUCUAGACCUGUACAUAGUGGAAGGAGCAAAUCCUGGAUUCGUUUAUCAGGUGGAGGCCUUCGAUCCAGAAGACACAAACCAAAGCAUACCCCUCAGUUAUUUCCUGAUAUCCCCCUCAGUGAACUUCAGACUGUCUGCUAGUGGGACCCUCUUCUCCACAACAGAAUUUGACUUUGAAGCAGGACACAGAAGUUUCUACCUCACUGCUGGAGUGAGAGAUAGCCAAGGGCUCCAAGCUUCCACGACGCUCCACGUGAAUAUUGUGAACAUCAACGAUGAAGUCCCUCGCUUUACCAGCCCAGCACGAGUGUACUCGAUUCCCGAGGAGCUGGAUGCGGGCACGAUUGUGGCCAAUAUCACAGCUGAGGACCCUGAUGAUAAAGGUUCUACCGGCUUCCUUCUCUACAGCAUCACCACUGCUAACAGCUAUUUCGUGAUCAACCAGUUGACCGGUACGAUCCAAGUGGCCCACAGGCUAGACCGAGAUGCAGGUCAAUUAAGACAAAAUCCCACCAUUUCUCUGGAAGUUCUGGUGAAGGACAGACCCUCGGGGGGUCAAGAGAAUCGCAUGCAGAUAACCUUCAUUGUGGAAGACAUUAAUGACAACGCUCCUACGUGCACCAAGUUCACCUUCAGCAUUAUGGUGCCUGAAAGAGCAGCCAAGGGGACGUCGCUCCUGGACCUGAACAAGUUCUGCUCUGACGAUGACAGCAAGGCACCAAACAACCGAUUCAACUUCAGCUCGCCAUCUGGAGUGGGGGUUAGCGGCAGAUUUUCACAGGAUCCAGCUGGCUCUGGGAAAAUCGUGCUGAUUGGUGACCUAGAUUAUGAAAAUACAAGCAAUCUAGCAGCUGGCAAUACGUAUGCUGUGAUAAUCCAGGUUCAGGAUGUUGCCCCUCCUUACCACAAAAAUAACAUCUACAUUUACAUCCUCACGGAGCCAGAAAAUGAGUUUCCUCUUGUCUUUGAUAGCCCGUCCUACGUAUUUGAUGUGUCAGAAUUAAGGCCAGCUCGAACCCGGGUUGGACAAGUGCACGCCACUGAUAAAGACCUCCCCCCCAGCCCCGUCGUGUACUCCAUCUCCGCUGGAGGGGCCAGCUUCCAGUCCCCAAACAUAUUUUGGAUCAACCCCCGGACAGGAGAACUCCAGCUGGUGACUAAAGCUGACUACGAAACAACCCCUGUCUAUAUUCUCAGAAUCCAGGCCACCAGCAGUGAGGACACAAGCUCAGUCAUGGUAACUGUGAACAUCCUUGAAGAAAAUGAUGAAAAGCCAAUUUGUACCCCAAACUCUUAUUUCCUGGCCAUCCCAGUGGGUUUGAGAGUUGGCACAAACAUUCAGAAUUUCAAGCUGACGUGUACUGACCUUGAUUCCAGUCCCAGGUCUUUUCGUUACUCCAUUGGCUCAGGCAAUGUCAACAGUCACUUCACCUUCUCUCCCAGCGCUGGGUCCAACGUGACAAGCCUGCUCCUUGCGACACGCUUUGACUAUGCCAGUGGGCUUGACAAAAUCUGGGACUACAAACUACUCGUCCACAUAACUGAUGGCAACUUGCUGUCUGGCAGGAGGAAGGCUAAGGCUCGUGUUGAAACAGGGACAGUGACGCUGAGUAUUAGCAUCAUUCCUGACCCAACCACAAUUGCCACCACAACCUCCAGGCCGCAGAUCAUCCGCCAGGUCCUGAGAAAAAACGUUUAUUCUUCAUCAGCAUGGUAUGUGCCUUUCGUCAUCACUUUGGGCUCCAUGUUGCUUCUGGGCCUCCUGGUGUUCCUGUUCGUCCAGUUGGCCAAAGCCAUCCACACACACUGUCCCUGUAAGGCUGGGAAGCACCAGAAAACUCUGGUGAAGAAAGGAGAAAUGAAGAAUACAAAGAGAGGGGUUUUGGUGGAAACGAUCCAGAUGAACUCUGUCUUUGAUGGAGAAGCCAUCGACCCAGUUACUGGGGCAGUAUAUGAAUUCAACUCAAAAACUGGAGCCAGAAAGUGGAAAGAUCCCUCAACCCAAAUGCCAAGAUGGCAAGAGCCCAGCCCCCACGGAGCUGCUCCAAGUAGACCUGUCGCAGGGGAAGGGGCCGGGCCACCCGGGAGCACCGGCGAGCAAGAUGGGCUGAGCGGCAAAGCACAGGUUGAGGAUGCAAACCCCAGUUCCAGAAACCAGGAUGGCAAGCUCGGCACCCCCAAGAGCAGAAACACAGCCCUCACGAGCAGGGCUUCCCCCAAACUGCACCCAGGAAAGUAAUGGGUACCUGGUUGUGGGGCCCACAGUGCAGCACAGCGGAGGGACCUUGAUGGCCCUGGGAUGCUGCUUCUCCCUAAAUUCCAUGAGGGCAGGUGUGGGAGUGCCUUAGGGGUGAAAACAUGGUCUGAAGGGACUGGGAGAUCCAGGGUCCCAAAUGGAAUGUUUAAAACAGACAGGGGUGGGGCGCCCGGGUGGCUCAGUCGGUUAAGCACCCGACUUCGGCUCAGGUCAUGGUCUCACAGUUCAUGGGUUUGAGCCCCACGUCGAGCUCUGUGCUGACAGCUCAGAGCCUGGAGCCUGCUUCUGAUUCUGUGUCUCCUUCUCUCUCUGCCCACCCCCAGUCACACUCCGUCUGUCU